UGAUAGGAGUUGCUAUCGAUAGAAAUCGUCCAUUUCUCGAUACGCCAUUCAGCAUCCGUGAAUUGGAGCUUCCUGUUAACGGAUACCUUUGUCCAAUCAGUAUACACGAGAUUCUGGCAGGGGGGAUUCGGGGGUGGCUUAGGCUGUUCGGAAGGUGGGCAGUAGGAUGUAGUGGAAAUCAAAGUCGUAGUCAACGUAGAUGUGGUCGUGUCGGUGACCGUCUGUGUCGCGGUGGAAAGAGUGGUAAACGUGGUAGUAACUAUGGAAGUAAUGAAGGACAGCGACGUGGAGACUGAAGUCGUGGUACUGGUCUCUGUGGCCGUAGAAGUCUCUGUUAUGGUGCGUGUGAUAGGCGGGAAUGUUGUGGUCUCCGUGGCGGUAGAAGUGCUUAUGCUUGUGACAGUCGAUGUGACGGGAGGAGGAAUGCUAGUGGUGGUGGAUGUCUCCGUGAUCGUGAUCGGCACAUACUGCGUGAUAGGCGGAAGCGUGGUCGUGGCGGUGCUCACGCUGACAGUCGUGCUCGUCUCCGUCGUCGUGCUUAUAUCUGUCUUUGUCGUCGUGCUGGUAGAGAUUUCGGUGGUGGUCAAUGUGAAGGAAGUCGUCGUCGUAGAUGUCUCCGUGCUUGUAACAGGAGGCAAGAUCGAGAAGGAUGUGCUAGUGACCGUCUCAGUGCUCCUGAGUGUGAUAGGCUGCGGCACAGACGUUAUGGUAGUAGUCGUAGUGAGAGUGGAGUAGUGGGUUGUCGUGGUUGGAGGAAGAGUGAUCGUCAGCGGAGAGGGACAAGCAAACGGAUUGGAUGUCGUCGAAGUUAAAUAUGGCGUCUGAAUGCUGG